GCACAGGCAUGCUCUGAACUCCCUGAGAGUGAAGGGAUGAGAAUGAAGAAAAUGUAAAAAAAAAAAAAAAAAAAAAAAAAAAAAAAAAAAAAAAAAAGAAAAAAAAAAAAAAAAUUAGAGAACAGGGCACUUUAGCCAGCUCUACAAACACUCACCAGCACACACGAACACACAUAGUUGACACUGCCAGACUGCUUGACCUCUGGACUAUAUCCUUCUUGUAGGACUGAGCAUCCCUUUGCAUACAUCCCUCUCCCUCCCUUUCACACACGCACUUGUUCUCUCCCUAACUUCUCCUAAACAAAGUGGGUAUGGGGCAGGCCUCAUUUAGGGGUGCCUUUAGCUGUGCCCUGCUAACCCUGGUGUUGGGGGGAAGCGUAGAUUUGGGGUCUUUGCCAGUCGGAUUUUAUCCCCGCUUUACUCCUUUUUUUUUCCUGUGCACCCAUCGUGGAGAAGUGGAGCAAUCUGGGGUAGCUGAGGGUGGGGGAGAGAUGCUGCUAACCUUACAGAUUUCUGACAACCCAACAGCCUACAUCCCAGGACAAGAGUAUCAGGUGACAAUCUCCACUAGUUCAUUCUUCGAUGGCUUGCUGGUCACUGGUCUUUACACCUCCACGACUGUCCAAGCAGUACCCAUCGCUCCUCCUGCUUCUCUUGGAUUUGGAGUGAUAUCAGAGCAACCGUUUGGGACUCAAUUUGUGUGCAGUGUGGUGGCAUCUCAUGUCAGUCCCCUGCCUACUACCAGUCUCAGCUUUGUGUGGAUCGCCCCACCACCUGGCACAGGCUGUAUAAAAUUCUUGGCUACAGCUAUGCAUCGUGGGCAGAUAAUUUUUAAAGACACUCUGGCCAAGCAGCUGUGUGAGCUGGAAGCUCCCACAGAACCUCCACUGCAGCUUAGUUUAGCUGAAAUACAUGGAAUCCAUGCAGUUCUUCGUGAUGAUUUUGACUCUAAUCUGCAAGGAGCACUAGAUCCCAAUAUCUGGUCAAACUGUAGUAACUGUGAGGUGGGGGAGCAGUGUGGUAUGCUCUUGUAUGGUAAAGCAGUCACUUUCUGUGAACCCUUUGGGGAAAGAGAACUGAUCACAGUGGCUCUUAAUACAACCACUGCCUCAGUACUACAGUUUGCACUGGGCUCUGGAUCCUGCCGUUUCAGUUAUUCAGAUCCCAGCAUAACUGUCUCCUAUAGACUGAACAUUUCAAGUGGUUGGACUACCUUGGAGAAGAUCAGAGCACCUACAAACAGCAGCACAGUGGUGCAUCUGCUUACAGUGCCACCAACCUUUAAGGGAGAGGCUGUGCACCUGAGGUGGUCCCAGGAGGCUGCAUUGGGGCCUAAUGGCUAUGAGUCUUGCUGGGGACUGGAUAAUAUACUACUGGUCAACAUUGCCCACAAACCCACACUACUGGAGGAUAACCUUGAUCCUCCUGAUACUGCCAACUGGAUCUUUUUUCCUGGAGCAACUGUAAAGCAUGCCUGUCAGUCAGAUGGGAGCUCCAUGUAUUUCCAUGGUGAAGAGGGAGUGGGGCAUAGCUAUGCCUCCACCCGGGACAUUGAUCUCCACCGAGAAGAUGGACACCGCUACUGGGAGGAGGACUUUGAGAACCCACCUAAUGGCUGGAACAUCGAGGGAGCAGUGUAUGACACUCGGUGUGGAGAAAUUGAGUCCGGCAAAGCACUAGUGUUCCUUGGGUUUGGAAACAGGAAAGUGUGCACCCCCUACCUGGAUACAACGAUGUAUGGCAAUUUGCGAUUCCACUUCACUAUGGGUGCUGGAGAAUGUGAUCCAGGGGAGUCACAUAACAAUGAUGUUAUCCUUUUUGGCCAGUCAGAAGUCAGAAGACAACCUGUUCUGUUAGAAACACUUCCAUUUUCAGCCUACAGGACCCCUACUGUGGUGUCGGUGGCUUUGCCUACAGACCUUCAGACUCCUGUGACUCAGUUCUGUCUGGAGCAGAGGUUUCAUGCGGGAGCCAAUCGUCAUGUCUGGGCACUGGAUUACAUGCAGCUUCUGCCAGUGAUGCCUGGAGCCUACACACAUAUGGCCCAGUUUUCUAUUAAUCUUGGAUGUGGCUCCCACCAGCCAACUAACAGCGUCAGUUUGGAGUUCUCAACCAAUCAGGGACGAACCUGGUCUCUUUUGCACAUGGAGUGUCUACCUGAGUUAUGUUCUGGACCACAUCUUCCCCACAGCACAAUCUACUCGUCUGACAACUACAGCAGAUGGACAAGGAUUUCUAUCCCUCUUCCCAAUGCUGCCCUCACAGAGAGCACUCGGUUUCGCUGGAUACAGACUGGAAUUGGAAUUGGCAAUAUGUGGGCCAUCGACAAUGUAUAUAUCGGCCCAGCCUGUCUGCGCUUUUGCUCAGGGAGAGGACAAUGUUCACGCAGUGGAUGCAAGUGUGACUCGGGUUUCAGUGGGCAAGCUUGUGAGCUAGCUACUCAGACUUUUCCUGCGUUUCUGUCAGAGGGGUUUUCUAGUCCAAGGCUCUCCUCUUACCACAGCUUUUCAUCUCUGCAUGGGGCAGAGGUCAGCUUUGGCUGUGGGGUUUUAGCCAGUGGGAAGGCCUUGGUCUUCAACAAAGACAGCAGGAGACAUUUGGUUACUGCUCUACUAGAUGGCUCUCAGGCCAGGUACCUACAGUUCACUCUGAGGUUGGGCAGCCGUAGUACCCUUAGUUCCUGUCCUGCCCCAGAUCAGCCUGGGGAGGGAUUGCUGCUCCAUUACUCAUCUGAUAAUGGCAUCACCUGGAACCUGCUACAGCAUUACUCUUACGAAGGCUUCCAUGAACCCAGGAUUGUGUCAGUAGAGCUCCCACCUGGUGCACAGAAGUUUGGAGUACAGUUUCGUUGGUGGCAGCCACACCACUCGGGCACUGGACAGGAUGUUUGGGCGCUGGAUGAGAUCAGCAUGACAUCUGUGCUGUUUAACACCAUCAGUCUGGACUUCAGCAAUGUGUUGGAUGUCACACAAAGUCUGGGUUUCUACCUUGGACGUGUGCAGCCCUACUGCCAGCAUGAUUGGACACUCAGUUUCUCUGGAGAAACUACCCCUGGCUCCAGCAUUCGCUAUGUGGAGACUCAAUCCAUGCAGAUCGGGGCUUCCUACACAUUACAGUUCUCCCUUAUAAUGGGCUGUGGUUCCAAGCCUUCCCCCCAUAUUGACACACAGGUUCGCCUGGAGUUCUCUACUAAUCAUGGUUUGACCUGGCACCUAGUGAAACAGGUAUGUCUUCCAGGCAUGCCUAGCUGUCCUGAGUUCACUGCCCCCAGUGUCUACCAUCCUUCUGAGUUCAUUACUUGGAAAAGAAUUACCCUUCCUCUACACCAAAAAACAUGGUCUAGUGCAACACGGUUUCGCUGGAUCCAAAACUUCUAUGGUGAGCAAGAUGAGUGGGCCUUAGACAAUAUCUACAUUGGGCAACAGUGUCCUCUAAUGUGCUAUGGACAUGGCUGGUGUGACCAUGGUCACUGCAGGUGUGAUGAUGGCUUUUCUGGUACAGAUUGCCAGCCUACGUCACCACUGUCCUCCAGUGUGCUGUCAGACUUUGAGUCCCUAGAAGCACUAAGGACCACAUGGCAAGAGGUUAUUGGUGGGGAGGUGGUGACCCCUGACCAGGGUUGUGGUGUUGUAUCAUCUGGAUCUUCUUUGUAUUUUAGCAAGGCUGGACUGAGACAACUAGUGAGCUUGAACCUGGACACAGAAUGGGCAGAAUUUGUGCAAUUCUACUUACGUGUGGGUGGUGACUGGGUGGAGUGUAACCAGCCUGACAGCAGGGAGGAGGGAGUGCUUCUACAGUAUAGUAACAAUGGUGGCAUUAGCUGGGGUCUAAUCGCAGAACUGUAUUUCACAGACUUCACCAAGCCUCGGUUUGUCCAUUAUGAGCUACCAUUGGCUGCUAAGACACCCUGUACACAGUUCCGCUGGUGGCAACCCCUUCAUUCGGGUGAGGGUUACGACCAAUGGGCUAUUGAUGAUGUCAUCAUUCUCUCUGAGAGGGAAAAACAUGUCAUUCCAAUGGCUAAUCCUACUCUUCCUCAGAACUUUUAUGAGAAGCCAGCCUUUGAUUACCCACUGAACCAACUGAGUGUCUGGCUGAUGCUAGGUAAUGAGGGAAUGGACAAGGAACGAAAUGGUAGUUUUUGUGCCCCCACACCUUCAGCCAUGGUAUUUGGAAGAUCAGAUGGGGAUAGAGUAGCUGUGACCCGGGACAUUUCCCUCCGGCCUGGUUACACAUUGCAGUUCAAGUUGAACAUUGGCUGCAAAUCAGAGUUCAGUGCCUCGGCACCUGUCAUGCUCCAGUAUUCCCAUGACGCUGGCCGCACAUGGGCUCUGGUCCAGGAGGGCUGUUUCCCAGGCUCCCCAGGUGUAGCAGGCUGUAAAGGUAGUGGGCAUGAGUUUACAGAGCCUACUGUCUACAAUGCAGGAGACUAUGAGCGCUGGACCAGGGUAACAGUUGUAAUUCCACGCAAUGUAGCUGCAAGUAAGACACGUUUUCGCUGGAUCCAAGAAAGCAGUGUUCAUCAGGAUGCUCCUGCAUUUGCACUAGAUAGUGUCUACAUCUCUGAUCCUUGCCCCAAUUAUUGUGGGGGUCAUGGGGACUGCAUAUCAGGAGUCUGCUUCUGUGACAUGGGGAUGGAAGUGGAACAGGACAGCUGUGUGCCCUCUGUGCCCAGUCCCACUGAGCUGACUGAGGACUUUGAAGGAAAGUUAAGUCCUCUCUGGCAAGGACUUAGGGGGGCUCAGAUAGGGAAUGGUUGUGGUACCAUCAGUGAGGGAAAGGCCCUCUACUUUGGCAGUUCUGGGCGGCGAGAGGCUCGCACUGUGCCACUAGACACCACCAGUACUCGACUUGUUCAAUUCUACAUUCGGAUUGGUGGGAAAAACAUUGGCCCAGCCUGCACCAGGCCUCACUCUUCCAAAGAAGGAGUGAUUGUCCAGUACUCCACUAAUAAUGGGGUGCAGUGGGAAUUCUUGCGUGAGUUAGAAUUUAGCUCAUUUCUAGAACCACAAGUGGUGACUAUUGAACUGCCUACUCAAGCAAAAAUGCCUUACACUGUGUUCCGCUGGUGGCAACCUGAACAAGGAAAACACUCAGCCCAGUGGGCACUUGAUGAUGUUCUGAUUGGUAUGAAUGAUAGCUCCAGAACUGGCUUUCAUGACAAGUUUGAUGGUAUAUCACCUUUAAGGCACAACUGGUUCAGAGUAGUGGGUGGAGAGGUGACGGUUGAUUGUCUGUCCUUGGACACGGCCCUGAUCUUUCACUCCAAUUUAGAAGACAAGGGUCUCCGCUAUGCUGAGAGUUGGGACUUUGAGGUGUCACCUUCCUCAUUUCUGCAGUUUGAUCUGAGCAUGGGCUGCAGUAAGGACGUGACAUCAACCCACAGUGUCCACCUGGAGUUCUCCACUGACUGUGGACACCACUGGACAUUGGUUACACCUGAGUGUGUACCACCUGCUAUUGGAUGUGCCAGAUAUACUCAGAGCUCCAUCUAUAGUACUCCCCAGUAUUCCCAGUGGAGGAGGGUCACUGUUUAUUUGCCCAGUGCUGCCAAUUCUCCUAGAACAAGGUUUCGCUGGAUCCAGCCUCAAGUAACCCCUGGAGCAAAUAGCUGGGGUCUGGACAAUGUGCUACUUGCAUCUGGCUGUCCCUGGAUGUGCUCAGGGCAUGGCCUGUGUGACAAUGGACGCUGCAUAUGUGACAGAGAUUAUGGUGGGGUUCACUGUGUGCCCAUGGCUCCUCUGCCCUUUGUACUUAGGGAAGACUUCAAUGAGAAUCUGGAUCCAGAGAUUUGGCCUGAGAUGUAUGGAGCAGAACUUGGCAUGUUGAGUGGAGAGCCUCUUAAAUCAGGGACUGCUCUCAUCUUUAAAGGGGAAGGAUUGCGCAUGCUGGUUUCACAGGAUCUUGACUGCACAAGCACACUACACAUGCAGUUUUCAUUUAAAUUUAUCACUAAGGGAACCCCAGAGCGUUCUCACUCCGUGUUGCUGCAGUAUUCAGUGAAUGGAGGGAUUAUCUGGUUACUGUUGCAUGAGUUCUACUUUCCUUCCUCCACUGACACUCUCUUUCUGCAUCUGCCACUGCCUCCAAGUGCUCAGACUAAUGCUACACGCUUCAGACUGUGGCAGCCUUACAAUAAUGGCAAAAAGGAAGAGGUAUGGGUCAUUGAUGAUCUCAUCAUUGAUGGCCACCCUUUGAACAAUGUUCCAGUUCUAUCAGAGAGUUUUGAAAGUAAGCCUCAGGAGUCAAACUGGCUGUUCUACCCAGGGGGCAAGAUUGACCACUACUGUCUUUACCAGAAAGCAAGACUAGAGGACGACUCAGCCUUGGUAUUUAUGUCUAGUGAACUGGGAGAACAUUCCAUCACCACUAGAGAUAUUGAUGUGAAUGAGAACACAAUUAUUCAAUUUGAGAUUAACGUGGGCUGUACAUCAAUAAGCUCUUCAUUAAAUUCUGUCCAUCUGGAGUUCUCCCACGACUUUGGGGCCACUUGGAACCUUUUAGUUCCUUUAUGCACAGGUGGUUCAAUACCGAACACUCGUUGCUCAAUUGAACUUCACCCAGCCAGCAUCUACUACCCUGGCACCCUUCGGGGCUGGAGGAGGGAGGUGAUUCAAUUUGAAAAACUGCAUCUAUGUGGAUCUGUGCGGUUUCGUUGGUACCAGGGGUUCUAUUUGGUUGGCAUGGCACCUCCAACCUGGGCCCUGGAUAAUGUUUACAUCGGUCCUCUGUGUCAAGAUAUGUGCAGUGGCCAUGGGACAUGUGUGAAGGGCACUCACUGUAACUGUGACCCUGGUUAUUCUGGCCCAAACUGCUCUGUUCCAGAUGUGCCAAAUCCAGACUUCCUUAAAGAAGACUUUGAAGAUGAUACUUCAGAAGCUGAGAAUUUCAAAGUGUUGAGUGGAGGAAAGCCCUCUCGGAAAUGUGGUAUCAUGGCCAGUGGAAACCACCUGUUCUUCAACGAGGAUGGAUUACGCAUGUUGGAAACCAUAGACAUGGAUCUGUCUAAUGCCAGGUUUGUACAGUUCUUUUUGCGUCUGGGUUGUGGAAAAGCUUCCCCUGAUCCACGUUCCCAGCCUGUGCUGCUCCAGUUCUCUGUGAACGGAGGGUUAUCCUGGAACCUGCUACAGAAAUUCUUCUACACUAAUAGUAGUAAUCAGGCUGAGCUUGUUGCCCUAGAGAUCCCACUGCGAGCCCGCACCACUGAAACACGCCUACGGUGGUGGCAGCCAUCUGAAAAUGGAUACUUUCACACUCCCUGGGUCAUUGAUAAGGUGGUGGUGGGUGGCAGUGCCAGUGGCUGGGGCCCCCUGGAGGAUAACUUCUCCACCACAGAUGAACGUUUGUGGCUUCUUCAUCCUGGUGGCACACACAUGCCUGUGUGUGGCUCUGAUGGCAGUGCAUUUGCUUUCAUUGAAAAAUCUAACACUCGCUAUGCUGUUACCACUGAUAUCAGUGUAGGGCAGGAUGCCUUGAUCCAGUUUGACUUCUCUGCUUCCUGCUCUGUCACCUCCUCCUGCUAUUCAGUGGAAUUGGACUACUCUCUUGACCUUGGACUUACUUGGCAACCUCUCUUAAGAGACUGUUUACCCACAAGUCCAGACUGUUCCUCCUAUACACUUCAAAGGAUGUUAGUUUCAGACACCUACAACAAAUGGGGCAGAGUUACCUUACCCAUCCCAGCCUAUGCCAGGUCUCCAGCCACACGAUUCCGAUGGCUUCAGCAGGCUCCAUUUGACAAGCAACAAACCUGGGCUUUGGACAACCUCUACAUUGGAGAUGGUUGUCCUGAAAUGUGCUCUGGUCAUGGCCGUUGCAAGCAGAAUUCCUGUGUGUGUGACCCAGAUUGGGGAGGUGGGUACUGUGAUGAAGCCCUGGUGCCCCUCUUAUCCCAAGUAAAAGACAGCUUUAGUCGUACACCUUCCCUCAAUCAUUGGCGUCUAUUAACUGGUGGAAAACUGAGUACAGUGUGUGGGGCUGUAGCAUCAGGUACAGCACUGCACUUUACUGGGCUCUGUACUCGUCAGCUGGUCACUGUGGAUUUGAACUUAACCAACGCUGAAUUUGUACAGUUCUACUUCAUGUAUGGCUGCUUGUCACCCCCUACCAACCGAAAUCAGGGUGUCUUACUGGAGUUCAGCCUGAAUCGAGGCAUCAGCUGGAGUUUACUGACAGAGAUAAACUAUGAACAAUACAGCAAGCCAGGGUUUGUGAAUUUGCUAUUGCCUCCUACUGCACAGGCAGUGGGAGUGCAGCUCCGCUGGUGGCAGCCACAGCACGAUGGAGCAGACCGUGCGGACUGGGCACUAGACAAUGUGCUUAUUUCUGGCUCAGAUACACAUGCUCAGAUCUCAGAUGGUGGAGUUGCACUACCCAGUCAUGAGAGAUCUCCAGCUGAUGGAACAUUGAUUGGCCAGAUUAGGACAGUAAGCCAAGAUGAAAAGAGCAGCAACAGAAGAGUAAGUGAUCACUGGCUCUUCUCAGAGGAUUGCUCUGUACAAGAAUUCUGCCUCUCCGCAGAGGAGGUAAUGGUAUGUGGCAAAGCAGAUGGCCAAGAGGUGUAUGCUGUUACACAUGACAUCAUCCCAGACAAAGGCUGGGUCAUGCAGUUUAAGAUUGCAGUUGGCUGCAGUGUGCCAGAGACAGAUGCCGAACGACAGGUCCAUGUCCAGUAUUCAGUAGACUUUGGUGUAUCCUGGAAGUACCUGGUGCCACAGUGCCUUCCAGCUAACCCUCACUGUGGGGGACAAGUGUCCCAGCCUUCUGUUUUCUUUCCUGCAGAAGGCUGGAAGAGAGCUGUUUAUCCUCUGCCUGACAGCCUUGCAGACACAGCUGUUCGUUUCCGGUUCUAUCAACAACAUUCAGACACACAAUGGGCAGUAGUUAACAUUUACAUUGGACCUGCAUGUGAGAACCACUGUGGAGGUCAUGGUGACUGUCUAGAUCAGCGCUGCCUCUGUGAUCCAGGAUUUUCUGGACUCAACUGUUAUGCUAACUCAGUUUUGAAGGGAACCCUAAAGGAGCGUUUUGAAUGGCAGGGGUCCCAUGGUUCACAGUGGCAAAUUUUGGAGGGAGGUCAUCCAUGCACAGACUGUAGAGCACUGGUUGAGGGAAAGGCCCUGUAUUUUACUGGAGCUAAUACAAGGCAGGCUGUCACUGCUGACCUUGACCUACGUGGAGCCAAGUAUGUAGAAUACUGGACCAGAAUUGGAAAUGAAGACAAUAUGACUACAUGUCAUUAUCCAUCUUGCAGAAAAGAAGGUGUAUUACUGGAUUAUUCCUGUGAUGGAGGUAUAUCAUGGACACUCCUUCAUGAGAUGGAUUAUUUGAAGUAUUUGUCAGUAAGGAGAGAUCACAUUCUGUUGCCUGAAGGAGCGCUGACCAAUGCUACACGCCUGCGUUGGUGGCAGCCAUUCAAGGUCUCUUCAGGUUUGGUAACCCCCAAUCCUGACCGUGCUCAGUGGGCCCUAGAUAACAUUCUGGUUGGAGGCUCUGAAAUCAACCCCAGCACUCUCCUGGAUACCUUCGAUGAAGAGGGUAUAUCUCAUGAAGAAAACUGGAGUUUCUAUCCAAAUGGUGUGCGAACAGCUGGUUUUUGUGGCAAUCCUUCUUUCCAUCUUUACUGGUCCAACAAAAACCAUGAUGGAACCUACAACAUCUUGGCUACUCAAGAGCUAAUUGUCCAACCAGGAUACAUCUUGCAGUUCAAGAUUGUGGUAGGUUGUGAAGCAGAAAGCUGUGAAGAUCAUCAUCCAGUGCUUCUACAAUACAGAAAAGAUGCCAGGUCAGACCUUUGGCACUUGGUGCAGUCUGCAUGCCUCCCCUCUUCGGCAAAUAAUGUGGGGUGUUCCCCUUUCCAGUUCCAUGAAUCCAGCAUCUACAGCGUAGUUAACAGCUUAUUAUGGACCAGAGUUACUUUGCAGCUACAUGACCAUGUCUCUUCUGGUGCAACACAGUUCCGCUGGAUUCAGAAAGAGAAUGCUGGUGAGCGACAUGGCUGGGGAGUCGAUAAUGUCUACAUUGGCGAAGCAUGUCCAGGUCUUUGCAGCGGACAUGGGCACUGCACCACUGGAGCAGUCUGCCUUUGUGAUGAAGGGCACUAUGGUGAUGAUUGCUCCCUGUGGAACAGUGAUCUUCCAAACUCUAUCAAGGACAACUUUGAGUCUGGGUCUUUGUCUGAGAACAGCUGGAGUGUCAUUCAGGGUGGAAGGGUUAGCAGUGGCUGUGGCCAACUUUCCCCACAUGCCCAUGGGGACUCCCUAUAUUUUAAUGGCUGCAAAAUGAGACAGGCCAUCUCCAAACCACUGGACCUUUCCAGGGCCAGCAAGAUCAUGUUUGUGCUGCAGAUUGGGAGCAUGUCACAGACAGACAGCUGUAACUCGGCUUUGAACCAGGUUGACACUGCUGACCGGGCUGUGCUGCUCCAAUACAGUUUCAACAAUGGAGUCAGCUGGCAUGUCAUUGCCCAGCAUCAGAUUAAAGACUUCAUCAAAGCCCAGAGAGUCUCCUACAACAUUCCUCUUGAAGCACGUGUGAAAGGGGUGCAAUUGCGCUGGUGGCAGCCACGUCAUGGUGGUACAGGGAAAGACCAGUGGGCUCUGGACCAUGUGGAAGUUGUUCUCUCCCGUAAACAAAACUACAUGAUGAACUCUGCCAGACAGUCUGGCCUACGCCACUACAAUAGCAGGAAGAGGAGGGAUUACUACACUUCACUUACUAGAAAGCAGUUACACUAUAACUACUGAAAUGUACAUUCUCUUUCUGAUGACACUAGACACAGGUGGAUUUCUAUCAGAGCAAAACAGCCCUUUCAAACUGAGACAGAUCAAAACCUUCACAAAGAGGAGUGAAAGAAAACAUUUUUUUUUUUAAGUAGCUAUUUACGUUCCAUGAGCAUGCAGGUUUUAUAAUUCAUUCUAGUGCUAUGAUAUCUCCUAAGGCCUGUCUCAUAAAGCAGGAUUUCACACACAUCUGUUGCCAUCUGCCAAAAUAACGAACACAAUAUUAUAUUUUGCUUGACUUUGACUAUUAUAUUUUGCUUGUAUUGAAUAUACUGUAUGUGACCAUAAACCUGUAGCCUUUAGAAUUUAAUGCUUUACCAGUUUUGCUUGACUUGUACACCAGGUGGAGGAAGAGACCAUAAGUUCAGGGGUUAUGGAGGAUUUGAUUGUUUUAGGAUACAUAUACCGUACUGUGAAAAAAUAUUGCUCAUAUCCUGAUUUCUUGUUUUUGUGUACAUCUCAUACUAAAUAGUUUUAGAUCUUACAAUGAAAUACAACAUAAAACAAAGGCGACCUAAGUAAACACACAAUACAGUUUUUAUUUUUUAAUUAAUUUUUUUUUAUUGAAGUAAAAGGUUAUCCAACACCUAUCAACAACAUGAAAAACUAACUGUCCCCUUAAACUUAAAAUCUGGUUGUGCCACCUUUAACAGCAAUAAUUGCAACCAAAUGCUUCCAAUAACUGGAGAUCAGUCUUUCACUCACCUCUAGGACUUGGAUUUACUUCUAUGCUUUGGAUCAUUGUCUUGCUGCAUAAUCCAAUUGCGCUUGCGUUUCAACUUACAGACUGAAGACCGGACAUUCUCCUUAAGAAUUUUCUGGUAGAGAACAAAAUGAAUGUUCCCUCAGUUACUGCAAGUUGCCCAGGCCCUAAAGUAGCAAAGCAUUCCCACACCAUCACACUUUCACCACUAUGCUUGACCAUAGGUGUAAUGUUCUUUUUUGUGGAAUUCGGUAUUUGGUUUACACCAGAUGUAAUGUGACCCUGUCUUCCGAACAGUUCCACUUUUGACUCAUCAAUCCACAGAACAUUCUCCCAAAAGAUUUGAGGAUCAGCAAGGUGUGUUUUGUCAAAAUUCAGAUGAGCCUUAAUGUUCUUCUGGGUUAGCAGUGGUUUUCACCUCGCCACUCCAUGGAUGCCAUUUUUUUGCCCAGUGAUAGUGGAGUCGUGAACAGUGACCUUUAUUGAUGCAAGAGAGGCCUGUAGGUCCUUUGAUGUUCUCCUUGGGCCUUUUGUGACUUCAUGCAUGUGUAGUUGCUGUGCUUUUUGAGGAAUUUUGGAAGAUCAACCACUUCUGUUAAGGUUCGCUACUGUGGGGAGGUUUUUUUUUUUUCAUUUGAAGAUACAGUGAUGGCUCUCACUGUGGUUCUUUGGAGUCACAGAGUCUUUGAAAUAGCUUUGUAACCCUUCCCAGACUAAUGUAUUUCAAUCACCGUCUUCACCUUCACGUUCUUCCUCAUCAUUCUGGAAUUUCUUUAAAUUUUGGCAUAGUUUGCUACUGGGUAAGACCUUUUAACCAAAGUCAUGCUGUUGAAAAAGUUAUAAGUAUUGAUUUGAUUGAACAGGGUUUACAGUAAUCAGACCAGGUUGUUUCUAGUCUAGCUAAACCACAUUAUGAAUGCAGUUUCACAGAUUUGGGAAAUUAGUAACUGUGGUUGGAAAUGUAUUUUCACAAAGGCCAGUUGGUAUUGGAGAACAUUUCUGCUUCAAUAAAUAACUAUCACUUAAAAAUUGUAUUUUCUGUUUACUCAAGUUGCAUUUGCUUUAUCUUAAGUUGUGUUUUAAUUUUUGAAACAAUCCACUAAAGAUAUACAUAAAAACAAGAAAUCAAGUAAUCACAGCACUGUGCAGUACUAUUCAAAAGUCUUAGGCACCCUAUAAUUAAUUCAUUAUUACAUGAGAAAAUAAUAUAAACUUUGAAAAUCUGAAAAUUGCUCUUUUUCUGAUGCAAUAAUGCAUAUAAUAGUGUGCCUAAGGCCUUUUUUAUUAGUCACAUAUGCAACCAUAUGCAGUACAACUUGCAGUGAAAUGCUUUUUUUCACCUGUCUAUGACAUAAAAAUAGAAUUUACAUAACCCAGAAUUUAUUUCUAUACAGGUAGGAAAGGAAA